UGACCAGUGAUGAGGAAGUAGUUGGAGCCACAGGCGGAAACAUGGGAACGCAGUCACUGUAACUUCUGCUUCUUUUUCGUGCGUGUGUGUUUGAAUCGUCAACAUGUCUCGCGCGGAGGUUGUUCUGUGUUUAAACCUGCUCCUGUUUCUUGGCGUUUUGGCUGAGUUCAGGAUCAAUGGGGAGCAGCAGUGGCCCGUUCCCUACAGGCGGUUCGAUCGUCGCCCUCCCGUGGACCCGUACUGUGAAGCUCUCUACCCGUUCUGUCCAACCGGAGACCGGGAUGGACGGAUUCCUUACUUGAGAGACAGCGAUGUCAUCUCGGUUUACCGGCUGCAGACGCCGGUGUGGGAAUUCAAGUACGGGGAUCUGCUAGGGAAAGUGCACAUCAUGCACGAUGCUGUCGGCUUCAGCAGUGCAGAGACUGGGACCAACUACACCGCCGAGUGGUACGAGUUGUUUCAGCUGGGGAACUGCACCUUUCCUCACCUCAGGCCGGAGGUGUCCGCACCUUUCUGGUGCAACCAGGGAGCUGCUUGUUUCUACGAAGGCAUCGAUGACUUGCACUGGUCGCAGAAUGGCACGUUGGAGAAAAUAGGAGAAAUCAGUGGGAACCAGUUUAACGAUAUGGCCGAGUGGAUGCAGAAGGACAACCGGACUGGGAUCUACUACGAGACGUGGACGGUUCGCUCGGACCCCGGCCCCAACGCCACGCUGUGGUUCGAGUCUUACGACUGUUCGCAGUUCGUUCACCGCACGUACAGGAAGCUGACAGAGCUGGGAGCCAAACUUUCCAGCCGAUCGCAGACCAACUACACCAAGAUCUACCUGUACAGCGGAGAGCCGGCCUACCUCGGCAAUGACAGCGCCAUAUUCGGACAGCCCGCUCUGAAAAAUCUGGCGCUGGACAUCCGUGAAUUCUACCACGCAUUCAGGCCCCAUCAGUCGUUUAAAGACGCCGUCGUCAGUCUGCUGGAGGUUUUUACGAAAGUUGUGGUGGAUAAAAACUUUUACCUCUACUACAACUUUGAGUACUGGCUUCUGCCCAUGAAACCUCCAUAUAUGCAUAUUACAUACGAAGAAGUGCCUUUGCCUUAAAAGUCACCUUUAAUCUGUCUCUUUUAUUUUUGAUUUUGGCAAUAAUUCACAGUGUUUGUAUUUUCUUGGAAACAAUUGAGAGGGUAAGGUUGGCUACUCUGGACCUCUCAAAAAAAUUAUCUUUCAGUAUAUAAACACAUGACAAACUUUAAAUGCAUUUCCUACCUCCUAAACCUUGUUUCGCCUUUAAAUUUUUUACAUUAACUCUCAAACGUCUUCUCUUUAUUAGUUGCAUUUGAACCACGAAUGUUGCAAGGUUCAAAUUCAUGAGCUAGGAAAACCAAAGGCGGGAUACUACAGAUGAAUAGGGUAAAGUUUUUAACUAAUAGACGUCACCAUGAAGAUUACUUACAAAAAUGAAUUACAUAUAUAAUAUUAAAAUAUCAGACUAAAGUUCACUCAAGCUUGAAACAUGAAUGAUGAACCCGUUGCUGUGUUUUUGCCUUAAAAUGCUCAGAAAAACAAAAAGUUGAACAACUGGACAAACUCAUGCCUAAAAGAAGAUCAUGUUCUAUAGUUGAAAGAUACAGAAGAGCUACUUAAUGAACCUCAUGGUGAGAUUAUCUGUAAUAAUAUCACCUGGAAAUUCCGUUUAUAUUUUAUACUACUGAUAAAAAAAUUAAAAAAGUAACAUUUUCCUUUCCCUAUCUACUAUAAUUUAAUUUUGUGAGGUGUGGUUAAUUUCAAAUUUCUACAUCAUUUCUGAAUAGAUACUCAGAUGUUAAGUCCAAUAUCGCAAAGUUUCACCAAUGUUUGUUUUUUAAUGUAUUUAAUUAUUAAAAAAAAAAACAAUAUUUUAUGUGGCAAACUUGGGUUGUCUCUUUAAUUGUGUAAGAAUAAAAUGACAGAGGGUACAUUCACAAUUGUUUUAUUACGGUAUAAGAUCACAUGUCCAAAACAAUAACUUUCAAGACAAGAUGACCAGUAAAGCAAAGUAGACAUUUGCUGUACAGAAGCAAAACUAAAAAAAUAAAAACAAAAUAAUAAUAAUAAAAAAAAAAAAUAGGGACAGCACUGUCAACACCAGUUUACUCCUAACAAACACACUGGAGUAUGAACUCUCUAAAUAAAAGAGGUUAAAAUAGCAGUUAUUGACAAGAAGUAUAUUUAUGAUGAAAGAUAAAUAAUCUCCUUGUCUCGACCCAAUUUUACUGAUCUAGUUGAAUUUUUUUCUUUUUCUUUUUUUAAAUUUUAAGUCAAUCAAAGCCAACAGGAAAGUGAUUACAACCAGUAGCGAUACACCGAGUCUCUGUCUCUGUGGGAAGAACAAAAAAAAAAAAAAAAUGUAGAGCCACUACACAAUUUCUGGAAAACAACCAGGAGAUAUGUCAACUGUAUGCUAAUGUACAUGAGCACAAACAAUCAGCACAGGUAUCUACUUCAGUGAUAAGAGACCAAUACUAAUCAAUAAUAAACUAUGUCAGUUCAAUCCACUGAUGCUAAGAAGCUUUUUGCACCUCCUGCAAUAACUGUGUCCGUCUACACCAAACUUUGAUAAGAGGAAUGAAGUGCGGCAGAAAUAAAAAUCAGUUUUAUACACAACGUAUUGACAUACAGGGCUGCUUCUCCACUACCAAUAACUUUAUAUAUUUUAGGAUUUUCCAUUAAAAGUUGGUGGUAGUGGACUUUUUGACCCACCUGCAUGCAACAAACCCACGGUGACAAAAGGUGGGAGUGUCAAAACAAAACAAAACAAAACCAAAAAAAAAAAAAAGGAGAAAGAAAACUCUCACUGCUGCUGUUACUUCCUUUUUCUUCAGGUGAAAAACACAAAAAGUCCAUUACAAAAAGCCAUCAAUAAAUUACACAGCUUCUCUAUUCUGACUAUGUAGUAUGAAAAAAAUCCAUCUAGUAAAA